UAUUCUUGUUGUGUUGCAGUAGUGGCCAGACAUUUCGCUUUCGUACCACCAUGAAGUGUGAAUAUUUGUCAGAGGACAUCUUGCAAGCCAGCUUCGUCAAGUGCAUAUCUCCUGUGUACUACGCUCAGCUAUUCUGUGGAACUAACCGCAUCGACAUAAGAGACAACUUCGCUACGCCAGCGACGAAGGGCCAAAAACUAUACUCCUGUCUAAUAAUAUUAUGCACUACUUUAUCUUACCUAUACUACGGGUUUUCCUAUUAUCAGCAAUAUUCCGAAAUUAGUCCAUACAUUUCUUACAUGGCAAUUACCUGUAUGGUACUUCAUUACACCACAUAUUUAAUAGACCAAUCUCUUUUACGAUUAAACGAUCAAAGAGAUUUUAUAAAUCUGGUUAUUUCAUUACAGAAAAUAGAUUACUUACUGGACAUUACCCAUGAAUCGAAUAUCAAUGAUCCACAGUACAGGUUCUCAGCCGUGGUGGUGCCUGUGAUGGCGAUAUGUCUUAGUUUGGGAUUUGCAGUUCAUAUGAUUUAUACAGUUAGACAUUAUCCAAUUUUCGUCUUCUUUAUUUGGGUAGAAUUAUUCGGCCAAAUGAUUGAAAUAUUUUGCGUUUGCAACUACAUUUACUACAUUACAGUUCGCAUGAGGCGAUUGUAUAUUUUGUUGCAAAUGCGACUAUCAUAUUUUAUGGCCGAACGGAAAUUCGAAAAUGAAGCUCUAAGAAAUGCAUACCAAGUGAAGCUACGAAAUGAUAUUGUAUGCCUAAGAAAUAUUUUUGAUGCUUUUAAAGCAGUUGCAAAAAUAUUCAGAUAUCAAGUAAGUAUCUAUAGGUUACUUAGUAAAAAAUCAUCAUAACCAAAAAUCUUUUACUGCUGGACGACGGAGCACUGUAAAAACAUACUUU